GGCUAGUCAAUAUGUAUCCGUCUGUCUCUGAAAAGCAGGCAGGCAGAUGGAGCUUUAGUCAACCUGUCCCCCAUGUCCUAGCCUUGCAGCCAGGUGUUGUGCCUGCAGUUUUUAUUAAUAGGUCACUCAUUACUGUCGCUACAACAGAACUGUGAACUUGGGUUCUGAUUGAUUCCUGAAUUACUGAGGAUUGCUCAGAGAAAAAAAAUCUCUUGCCCUUUGAAAAGGCUACAUUUGCUGGAGUUCAGACUGAAGAUUGGGGCCAGUUCAUGCACAUUUGUGACGUAAUUAACACUGCCAAUGAUGGGCCAAAAGAUGCAGUAAAAGCUUUGAAGAAAAGGAUUUCCAAAAACUACAACCAUAAAGAAAUCGAACUUACCUUGUCACUUAUUGACAUGUGCAUGCAGAACUGUGGUCCAAGUUUCCAGUCUCUGAUUGUGAAGAAGGAAUUCGUUAAAGAGUGUCUAGUUAAGCUGCUGAAUCCCAGAUACAACUUGCCAUUAGACAUCCAGAACAGAAUCUUGAAUUUCAUUAAGACUUGGUCACAGGGUUUUCCAGGAGGCGUGGAUGUAAGUGAAGUGAGAGAAGUGUACCUUGACCUGCUUAAAAAAGGUGUUCAGUUUCCUCCCUCAGAUGCAGAGGCUGAAACAGCAGAACAAGAGACUGCACAGGUCUCAUCGAAUCCACCAACAUCUGUUCCUACUGCACCAGCUCUUCCUUCUGUCAUUGUUCCCAAGCACAUGACUCUUACAUUGGAGCCAGAACAGAUUGGAAAAUUGCACAGUGAGUUGGAUAUGGUGAAGAUGAAUGUGAAAGUGAUGUCUACCAUAUUGAUGGAGAAUAUUCCUGGAUCUGAAAACCCUGAUGACAUAGAGCUUCUGGAGAAACUUUAUAAGAUCGGUCGGGAGAUGCAGGAGAGGAUCAUGGACCUGCUUGUUGUGGUGGAGAAUGAAGACGUAACUAUUGAGCUAAUUCAAGUGAAUGAGGAUUUGAAUAAUGCCAUUCUUGGAUAUGAGAGGUUCACUAGAAACCAACAAAGGAUUUUGGAGCAAAAUAACCAGAGGGAAGACACCAAUACUACCAGUAAUCCUUCUGCCCCAUCCUAUGAGCUUCUUGACCUAAGCCCCAGCCCUCCGAAUCAAGGGGCCACUGUAGGGGAACUCAACGCCAUGAAUGCUCAGCUUUCAGACUUAAAUUUCAGCUCUCCACGUCCCAUUGUAACCAACAACUCGCAACCCAGUCUUCAUCCACAGGUGGAUUUGCUAGCCUCGGAAAAUACAGAAACACCCCUGUUUGCCCAAAGGACUGGCCGGAACGUCGCCUCAGGUCAUACAUAUGAGAACUUUCCGGAACAUUCAAAUUCAGUAUUAAAGCCUGUUAGUCUACAGACCAUUCCAGCCACACCAUCAAACCAGGGACUGCCACCCUUGCCCGGCAAUCAUCCAGCGAUGACAAAGAAUGAUCUCCAGCCACCCAAUUACUACGAGGUAAUGGAGUUUGAUCCCUUAGCUCCUGCUGUCACUACAGAAGCCAUUUAUGAAGAAAUUGAUGUCCAUCAGCGCAAAGGAGCUCAAAGUCAUAGUGAUUGCUGAGGGAAAGUGAAUGACCAGCUCACAAGCUGCGUUAGGGAUACCAACUCUUUAAAAGGUAGACCCUGUCUAGCUUUGAGACCCAGAAGACAAGACCUACCGACACAGCAAAACCAUGGUGGACAUUUGUCCUCUGCAGUCAUGAAGUUUAAACAGAAGAGUAACCGUUCCAGAGUAAGAGUUAUGGUUCCUGAGAGCAGCUCAAGCUUUAUCUCAAAAGAACUUGGUUUUUAACAUAUAUUCACUUAAAACUUCAACAGAAGACAAAUUCAUCGUGCUGAGGCCAGCCAGGUUCAUUGGAGGACCUUACGUUUCAAAGGCUUUCCUACAUUUAGAUCAUCAUCACACAGCUGUGAAAAGCGUAGAUGGAGAUUAUUUUAUUACAAUAUAAUUCUGAAUAGAUGUAAAUAUGAAAUGUGAGAAACUAUUUUAUUCAGGAAGAAUAUUGACUGCCUUCAUUUAACUAAAAUCAAAUGUAAAAGUCAAUUUGCACUUCUUUAUACAGAAUAUUCUUGUUUAGAAUUAUGAAUUAUAAAAGCCUUGAUACUGUAGUUUAUAUUUCAGGUGCCCUGAAGAGGUCACUGGACUUUACAUCGAGUUGCUUUUAAAUACAAUUCUUUGUAAUACUAAAUGUUAUUUUUUUUUCUUUUUACUGCAAAUUAAUAUUUCUAUUUGGAACAAAUAAUACUGGAAAACUUUCAGAAUUGUACAUUCGUUUAUGUCAUAAAUUACAAUGACAAGUUACUAUUAAAACAAUUUAAUACAUCUUUUUUACAGUUUGUUCAUUGAAGAACUUCUGAUGUCAGUAAUCUUUACAAUCCCACACUUAACAUUUUAAUAUUCAGGGACUUGGAACCAUCACAGGAAAUGCUAGAAGCCUCGUAGAUAUUUAACGCAUUUUAUUUCAUUUUGAUGAUACUGAAAUUUCAAAGUACCUAUUCAGUACUCUGAAUGUAAAUUGCUCCGUAUCUUAAAGGAAAAACAGUCACAUUUGAAAUCAGAAUGUAAUCUUUGGGCAAACUAUUAGGGCUUAGUGAUUCCUCUUCCAUUUUGAGCUUUUAAAAGUGACUCACAAUGAAAGAAAGUAGUAACCAACUGUUUUAGAAAUAAUAAAAAUGGUUACAAGUUCUAGAGCCUAAGACAACACGUGGGCAUUAAAAAAAAAAAGAAAGAAAAAAUCAUUGCUACCAAUACAAAGUGCUAAUAAUUU